CCUCCCGCGCGCGUCAGAGCGCUGGGGAAGGAGGGCCCCGGAGCAUCAUGGGAGAUGUAGUCCCCCGCGCCUGCCGCUACUGAGGGGAUUUAAAGGCCCCCGGGGCGAGCGCUGCGGCUGCUGCUACCGUUCCCCGGUGUCGAGUGCGGGGCAGGUGGGCGCUGCUGCCUUCGGAGGGGGACGCGGCGGGAUGGCCGCACUUGCUGCGGGAAAGGGUGAGAGCUCUGAGUUCCGGUGUAAGAGAAAAGAGACGUGGCGAAAUUGCUGUAUAUCUCUGCCCUAUAAGCACAUCUCUCAUUUAGAUUGAAAGGAAUCAAGGCAUCAGAAAGGGUGAAGCCUCUUAAAAUAUAUUUGAAGCUGCACAAACCAUGCAGGAUGAUUUACUGAUGGACAAAAGCAAAGCCCAGCCCCAGCAGCAGCGGCAGCAGCAGCAGCAAGAUCCAAACGCAGCAGAAACCCCUUCUACACCCGUCUCAUCAGAGACGUCUAAACCGGAGGACAGCAGCCCAGUGACUAGUAUCGGCACAGCAACUUCUGUCCAAAAUAGCAAGGAGAAGAUGCAGAUGGAGUCCCCCAUCUUGCCUGGCUUAAGUUUUCACCAGCCUCAGCAGGAACCUACACCCGGCACCUCCUUGUCUCCGUCUUUCGGCAGCACCUGGUCUACAGGGACCACAAACACAGUGGAUGAUAGCUUUUUCCAAGGGAUUACCCCAGUCAAUGGCACAAUGCUUUUCCAGAAUUUCCCUCACCAUGUCAACCCGGUGUUUGGUGGCACUUUCUCUCCCCAGAUCGGCCUAGCUCAGACUCAGCACCACCACCAUCAGCAGCAGCAAGCCCAACAGCAGCAGCAAAGGAGAUCACCUGUGAGUCCCAAUCAGGCACCUUUUGCCCAGAGAAAUGCUGCUUACAGCCAUCAGCCCAUUAUGACCAGCAAACCGUCUUCCUCCUCUGCCUCUUCCUCUUCCUCCUCCAGCUGGAAUAACCACCAAAAUGCAGCCUGGAAUACACCUUCCAACCCCUGGGGUGGGUUGCAAGCUGGCAGGGACCCUCGAAGGGCAGUAGGAGUGGGGGUUGGGGUAGGAGUGGGGGUUGGGGUGCCUUCCCCCCUCAAUCCUAUUUCACCCCUCAAAAAACCUUUCUCCAGCAAUGUCAUUGCUCCUCCGAAGUUCCCACGGGCUCCACCCUUAACCCCCAAAUCCUGGAUGGAGGACAAUGCCUUCAGGACCGACAAUGGCAACAGUCUGUUGCCUUUUCAGGACCGGAAUAGGCCCUAUGACACUUUUAACUUGCACUCUUUGGAAAAUUCCUUAAUGGAUAUGAUAAGGACUGAUCAUGAGCCUCUGAAAGGUAAACACUACCCUCCCAGUGGCCCACCAAUGAGUUUCGCUGAUAUAAUGUGGAGGAAUCAUUUUACAGGGCGUAUGGGAAUAAACUUCCAUCAUCCAGGAACAGAUAAUAUUAUGGCUCUCAACACCAGGAGCUAUGGGCGGAGAAGAGGUCGGUCUUCACUCUUUCCUUUUGAAGAUGGCUUCCUAGACGACAGUCACGGUGAUCAGUCUUUAUCAUCUGGUCUCAGCUCUCCAACUCGCUGUCAGAAUGGUGAAAGAGUGGAACGCUAUUCUAGAAAGGUGUUUGUUGGAGGUCUGCCUCCUGACAUUGAUGAAGAUGAAAUCACUGCCAGCUUUCGUAGGUUUGGACCUCUUGUGGUGGACUGGCCUCACAAAGCUGAAAGCAAGUCAUAUUUUCCACCUAAAGGUUAUGCCUUUUUGCUGUUCCAAGAGGAAAGCUCUGUACAAGCGCUGAUAGAUGCCUGUCUGGAAGAAGAUGGAAAACUUUACCUAUGUGUGUCAAGCCCCACCAUCAAGGACAAACCAGUGCAAAUUCGACCUUGGAACCUAAGUGACAGUGAUUUUGUAAUGGAUGGUUCUCAGCCGUUGGACCCAAGAAAAACUAUCUUUGUAGGGGGAGUUCCACGUCCCCUCCGAGCUGUUGAACUGGCAAUGAUUAUGGACCGUUUAUAUGGAGGUGUCUGCUAUGCUGGCAUUGAUACGGACCCAGAAUUGAAGUACCCAAAAGGUGCUGGCAGAGUGGCUUUCUCCAAUCAGCAGAGCUAUAUUGCUGCUAUUAGUGCUCGCUUUGUCCAGCUCCAACAUAAUGACAUUGAUAAACGGGUGGAAGUGAAGCCAUAUGUGUUGGAUGAUCAGAUGUGUGAUGAAUGCCAGGGCACUCGCUGUGGUGGAAAAUUUGCUCCAUUCUUCUGUGCCAAUGUUACCUGUUUGCAGUAUUACUGUGAAUACUGCUGGGCAAGCAUACACUCUCGUGCUGGGCGAGAGUUCCACAAACCACUGGUGAAGGAGGGAGGUGACCGGCCACGCCACGUUCCAUUCCGCUGGAGCUGAACCCUAUGCUUAAACCCAGCAGCAAGUACUGGAGUAGAUAAAAUCGAGGGGAAAAGAAGAGAACGCUGCCUCAGGGCUUAGUAUUCUGGAAAUCUGUGCAUUUGUCCUCGACUUUAAUGAAGAUAUGGGUCUUUUUAUUACUAUUAUUAUUAUUUACAGUCACAUUACUGAACUCAGUGUCCAGUAUAAUACAAACCGGCAGAGUGUAACUGUACUGAUUUUGCACUUUGAUUCACACAAA